AUGGAGAUGGAGAUGGAGAUGGAAAUGGAGAAGAGGAAACGUUCGGAUUACGGAGAAGUCGAUGGAAGGAGAACGAAAGUAAAGGAAGAUCAUGAAGGAGAUCUGAGAGCGGAGGAGCAGGUGGCAACUGAGGUGGAGACGGAGGCCGAGACGGAGACGGCGACGGAGGAGGAGGUGGAGGAGUUUUAUACGAUAAUUAGAAGAGUACAUGAAGUGGUUAGGUAUUUUGGUGGGAAGAGAAAAGGGAGUGAAGGAGAGGAAACAGCGAAGAAGAAAGGAGGGAGUUGGACUCCAUCGUUCCGGUGGGAGGAUUUUGAGGAAGUAAUGGAUGUUAACGUUAAGGGAAAGAAAACGAAGAAGAUAGAUGGUGAAGCAGUGGAGGAGGAGAGUCACGUGGUUUCUGUGUCUCUGGAUCUCAACGUUGAACCAGAACCGGGGCCGGAGAUGAUCUGA